GAACAGGUGCGUGAAAUGCUCGAAUCCCGGAUUUCCAACGAUACAUCCGUUAAUUCAACCAUUCCACAGCAAGAUCGAUCCGGUUACGUUACGGAUGCAUCAUCAGCUACAUGGCAGUUUUCAUCGCAUUCGUUUUCACCCCGCUCUGUUGUGUCAGUGAAUGGCGGAGGCCCGAAAGAUGGUCUUCUAAAAGUGCGCACCGACUUAUCACCUGGUCUGUCACGCACGCUCUCCCGUUCAAAUGCUGCCGUACAAACUGCACACGUCGAGGUCUGA